AUGGCAGCAAGAUCAAAUCUUCAGUCCACGAAGAAGAUGAACUCGGGGCAUGAGAUCCCUGUAGUUGGAUUUGGUGUACGUGGCGUACGGAGCUUUCCUUUACUUGCUGUGUCGUUACUAAAAACAUCGAACAGGUCUAUCAAACGUAAUGACGAUAUUCAAUUCAAUUCCCAUUAUGAAGCUAAUAAGAUAAAUAGCCCACCAGAUAUUACUGAGAAAUGCGUUUUGAAAGCGCUAGAAACAGGCUACAGGCAUAUUGAUUCAGCAAGAUCAUAUCGUAACGAAGCCGAGUGUGGUGAAGCCAUCAGAAAAUCGGGACUUAAGCGCUCGGACGUAUUCUUUACAACAAAGGUCCCAUGGAGAGCACUAGGUUAUGAAACUACCAAGGAGGCUAUUGAAUCAAGCCUAAAAGAUGCCAAGGUGGACUACUUCGAUCUUAUUCUUCUUCAUGCACCAUACGGUGGUAAAGAGAAGCGCGAAGGCUCUUGGAAGGCUUUGGUAGAAGCUCAGAAAGAAGGAAAAGUCCGCUCUAUUGGCGUUUCAAACUAUGGUAUCCACCACCUAGAUGAGCUGGAGGAGUACAACAAAUCCAUUGGCGGUAAAAUAGACGUGGGCCAGUACGAACUGCACCCAUGGCUCGCUCGUUCGGACAUUGUUGAAUGGCUCCAGAAGCGAAAUAUUGUCAUCGAAGCGUACAGUCCGCUUGUUCAGGCAAAGAAGAUGGAUGAUCCAAAACUCCAGGAAAUUGCAAAGAAGCAUAACAAAAGCCCCGCUCAGAUUCUAGUUAGAUGGAGUUUACAAAAGGGUUUUGUUCCUCUGCCGAAAUCUGCAACGGAGAAGCGCAUCUUGGAAAACGCCGAUAUCUUCGACUUUGAGCUUUCUCAAGAUGACAUGAAAUCUCUCCAUACUAAUGAGUACCACCAUGUCUGCUGGGAUCCUACCACCCACAAGGAUGGUGAUAACAUGCCAUAG